GGCAACGCGGAGUGGCGGCAGUCUGGUGCGGUGUGGCGAGCAGUGGCAGCAGCGUUUGCCCCCGAAGAACCGAACUCUGUGUCACCGGCGGCGCUGCCCUGAAGCCGUGGCGUUCCCCUGAGGCAGGAGUCGAGGGCGUGGUGCCGGUGCGAAGAGAGAGGAGCGCGCGCUCGCCCGCCUCUCUGCGCGGGCCCGGCUCGCCACGGUGCCCUGUGAGAAGCGAGAAGAAGGGGGAGGCAGCAGCCGCGGGGAGGAGGGCGCUGCCAUCGUCCUGCUGCACGGCAAGGCCAGCUUGGCGAGCCUGGCCAUGGCAGCCAUCCGCAAGAAGUUGGUGGUGGUGGGGGACGGUGCCUGUGGCAAGACUUGCCUCCUUAUCGUCUUCAGUAAGGAUGAGUUCCCCGAAGUCUACGUGCCUACUGUCUUCGAGAACUACGUGGCUGACAUCGAGGUGGAUGGCAAGCAGGUAGAGCUGGCCCUAUGGGACACGGCUGGCCAGGAGGACUAUGACCGCCUACGCCCCCUUUCCUACCCAGACACCGACGUGAUUCUCAUGUGCUUCUCUGUGGACAGCCCGGACUCACUGGAGAACAUCCCAGAGAAAUGGGUGCCUGAAGUCAAGCACUUCUGCCCCAACGUCCCCAUCAUCCUGGUGGCCAACAAGAAAGACCUGCGUAAUGAUGAGCACGUGCGCAACGAGCUGGCCCGCAUGAAACAGGAGCCAGUGCGCACUGAGGAUGGCCGCGCCAUGGCCAUUCGCAUCCAGGCCUACGACUACCUGGAGUGCUCAGCCAAGACCAAGGAGGGUGUCCGGGAAGUCUUUGAGACUGCCACCCGGGCAGCCUUGCAGAAGCGCUAUGGCACCCAGAAUGGCUGCAUCAACUGCUGCAAGGUCCUAUAGGAUGUGGCUGGAGCGUGGUGCUGGGCACAGCGCCUGGGUCACCUGUUGGCAGGUGGAGAGGAGCUGGGUUAUGAACGCACAUGGCAUCAGCCUGUCCCCUCAGCUGGAGGCUGGUGAUGAAUCGGGGUGGGGGCUAAGGGAGGGUGCACGCUCCCUUAGCCUUGGCUGAAAAGGGUUGUGCUGGCUCAGCCGUGGGGACAGAGGGAGGGGGGGGAUUGCAUGCCCUGAGUCUUAGGAAUAAAGUGGGGAGAAGCCUUCUCCUACCACUGACCCCUGUGAGUUAAUUGUAGAUUGUCAGUGACAAAAAGCUGCUGAGAAUGGACUGACCAAACAUUGCACCCAGCCCUUCCUCUUUGCCUACCACCUGCUGCACCCAGCUUCCAGACAUCUUCCUCUCUUUUGCAAGAGGAGAGUUGUGGAGCUGAGAUGCUCGAAGGGACUUCUGCCCCCUGCCUGCAUGUGCCUCCCCUUCAGGCAGGCUGGGGAAGGAGCUGCAUCUCCUGGGCUGCCUGCAGCAUCCUUGCCUCUCCUGCAGAUGUUUCAGCCUGAGCCUGACUUGCUGUAGAAGUCAGUGCCCUGAAGACUGAGACUGGGAGAAGAGGGUCGUCCCAAGUGAAGCCUGUAUAUAUCUUACCUUUCCUGUCUUGUGCAAACUGGGGUGGUACAGGGGGUGCUUAUUUCAAGUGACGUGGGGAGUGGGCACCCAUCUGAGACUUGUGUUGUGCAAAGGAACUUGACCUGAGUGACAUGCCUGCUGAUAAUGCGAGCCUUGAACUGCCUCCAGCUGCAGAAGCCACCAGGCUGGAAAGUAAAGCUGAACUGCUCUGUCCUCCUUGCUGAUGGAUGAGGCAGGAUGAGCAAGGGGGAAGGGGAUGAUAUGCCAUAUUAUGAUCUUGGUGCCUGCUCCUUCCUUUAGUGUUGUUUUCUGCAAGUAUGUUGAUUUGGCUUUAUUUAAAAGUUUAUUUUCAGAAGAAAUUACUUUGCACAACUUGGUGGAUUUUUUUGGGGUUUGAUUUUAAAUACUCAAUGCACUUGCCAUCUGCGUACAACACUGUAGCAUUGGAAACAUUUUUACUCAAUAACCUCAUCUGGGUCUUGUUUUAAACUGAUUUCAACACAAGACAAAAUAAAACCACUGUAUCGUUUUGCCAUGGAAAAAAUGAGUGAAAGCAUUGUUCCUUAUGCAGUGAUUACAUCAGACUUUAGUACUAAAGGGCAGUUUAAAGAAACUAGGUUUAUUUAAAACUUACUUUCACAGGGUGGCCAACCCAGGUGAAAAGAAUCUUGUGUUUCUCUGGUUCAGAGAACAAAUGUAUCCAUUAUGUUUACUUUCCUUCCUCUUCCCUCAACAGUGGUACUGAGACUGUUUUUUGUUUUUAAUAAACUGACAUGGCAAAACCUGAGAUGUAUAUGAUGUUUACAUAAGAUUAUGGACUGUGUAUGCAGGUUUUCUAUGUAAAGUAUUAAAAGAUUCUAUGCUGACACUUGAGAGCAGUGUUUUGA